AUGCCAGUUUGCUUAAUUCCAGAACGAGUAGCCAAAUUAGCGCCUCCUGAAGCAGGUCAUACCCAGGUGACGCUGCCCCCAGCAGCACACAAUACUAAGCGAGCAGUGAACAUUCCAUCGAGCGAACGGCACAAGCCUGCGACUCAAAACGGUGUCAGGAAUGUCGAUUCUGUUGAUGUUCAUGAUGUGGUGCUCCCCAGUAGGAUGAGAAUGCACAACAACGAAAUCGACGUUGAUGAAUUCAUCCAGUUUACGAAUCAUGACGGCACCGGCAACACAAACACCCAAGCAGAAGCCAAACCAGGCGCAAUCCGGCAUCGAGGUCCGGAAUAUCAAGGACCUGGAGGUGAUUUUUCGGCUUUCUUCAGUGGACUUUCUCAAGAAUCAGAUGAUGGUGAAAGAAACCCAAAUCCCUUUGCUUCGGAUGAAAUCAAUGGUUUUGGGAUUCACGCCAGUGGAAACCUGGUAGAAGCUACUGCCGUGGAAGAAUCUUCUACUGAAUUUGUCGUGACACAAGAAGCCACACAUAUUGAUGACCUGGAACCACAAAAACAAAGGAUGAAGAAGAAUGAGCACGAAAACAAAACCAAGAUUCAGCUCGCACUGCUGGCUCUAUUGACCACAAUACUUGUGGUCGUUGUCGUUGCGGUGGUCGCCAUUGCUGCCAAUGAUACACAUGCAUAUUCCAUUAAUGGCACUGUGCCUAUCGGUAUAGUUGACAGUGAUGACUAUGACGUAUAUCCACUCAUCAGGCCAUAUUUGUCCAAUGUCACACGCCAUGCCAUUGAACGAGAACUGGCUGUAGGUGUCAAUGCUUCUUCAGCCUCAAGUCACCAGUACCGAGCAUAUCAAUGGCUCCAAGCAGAUCCUUGGAAGCAAAACUAUACGGCUGCUCGCCUUGUACAGCGAUUUGCAUUGGUCACUCUCUAUUAUGCUACCAACGGUGAAAAUUGGAUCAAUAAUGGAGUUGGAGGUAUGCAAGAAGUUGAACAUCGGGAAUUUGAUACACCUCGAUUGCGAGCCAUGCUGGCGGGGGGUCCUCCAGCUAAACCACCUCCACCACAAAAUGACAGUGGCGGCCCUCCCAAUAAUAAUGGUGAUGGCGCCCCUACUGCUGGCAGUCUUCCUCCCAAUGCUGCUGGUGGCCCACCUCCUGGUGGUUCUGGUGGCGGUCCUCCUCCAAAUGGUGCUGUUGGUGGGCCGCCUUCCAGUGGUGCUGGGGGAAGUCCUCCUCCAACUGUUGUUGAGCCAUCAGCAUCAUCCAGUGAAAUGAUACCUCCAGUUGAAUCAAACAAGGGAAGAAACUCUACACGGCAUCUACAAAGAGAGCUGCAAAGCACAGACUCCAUCACAUUGACUGUCCCAUCAGAAAAAUGGCUUUCUUACGACACAUCUGAAUGCUUCUGGUUUACCUACACCCCCUUUCGAUUCCAAACAGCUUGCAAUGACGAAAAUAUGUUUCAAUACCUGGACCUGCGGCAAAAUGGUCUUGCAGGGAGGGUACCUGAAGAGGUUGGUCUUUUGACUGGUUUACAAAGUAUCAAUCUUUAUCGAAACCAACACAUUCAGGGACCCAUUCCAACCACCAUUGGCAGGCUGCGACAGCUCCAAACCAUUAGCCUAACAGACAAUCAACUCACUGGAACAUUGCCCAGUGAUCUUGGCUUGCUGACAAACGUCAUAGGGUUGAGUGUUCUGAACAAUCAGCUCCACGGAACACUCCCAACAGAACUGCUUCAAAUGUCCAACCUGGUGAACCUUUUGGCUGACCGCAAUGACCUGACUGGGACAUUCUUUUCUCCAGAUGUGAUCUGCCAAAGUUGGCCCAACCUGCAAGUUGUCAUGCUGGGAUGGAACAAGAUGGAAGGCCCAUUGCCUUCAUUUGCCAACUGCUCAAGCUUGGGUGCUAUUCAUCUUGAUAACCAGGGUUUUACAGGGACUAUUGCAGCCGAAUGGGGGCACUUGACGAAACUACAGCGGAUAAUUGUUUAUGGAAAUGAAGGUAUCUUGGGACCAGUGCCAAGCACAUUGGGACAGCUUGCAAACCUGACUGAUUUCAAGGUCACAGGGACCGGCAUCAAUGGAACAAUACCCGAGGCACUGUGCGCGCACAAGCUGGAGGGUGUUGUUCCUGUUGCAAAGUUUGACUGCUCGGCCCAAUUGUGCGGGUGUGAUUGUCCUUGCAACUAG